AACAUGACACAUCCUCAAUGAGACGAAGGUAUUAAGAUUCCCUCCUUUUCAUGUUCAGGCCCAUUAGUCCUCUGCUUGCAAUGCGUGGACAAUGUCUCCUGCUCUGAGGCUUAUCACAAGAAUGCUCUCCCAGAGGAUAACCCUAGCAGCCUUUGUGCUCUUCAUCCCAACCUGUUCAACAGCAAAUGAUGAUCCAUUCAUAAUCACCAACAAAGCCACAGGUUUCUGUUUGGCGAGGAGGUCCAGCCGCUGCCUCGACAUGCGCUGGACCACCGGGGACCGCCUCUUCGUGACCUCGACCAAAAAGUGCCUCGGAGCUCAGGGCAAAAGUGUGGGCAGCGAGGUCAGCUUCUACGACUGCGACGACAGCACCGCGCUCCAGAAGUGGGAAUGCAAGAACGAAACGCUGCUCGCCCUCAAGGGCCAAACGCUCUACGUCGAGGUCAGACCCGACCAGUCGAUUGCCCUCACCAAAAGCCCCGGGCCGAACAGCGAGCUCACCGUCACCGGGACGUCCAGCGGCGCGUGUUCCAGGACCUACCGAGAACUUUAUGCCAUUGGUGGCAACGCCGCUGGUAAGAUCUGCGCGUUUCCCUUCCAGUACAAGGACCGCUGGUACGCAGACUGCACGGCGUUCGAUUCCUCCACGAGGCGCCUGUGGUGUGCGAUCAAUUCAAAGUACGAGCACGAGCUGUGGGGAUACUGCCCGACCGGUUCCACCGAGCACUGGUCCAAGAACCCCGUGACGGGAGCCUACUACCAGACCAACCCGCAGUCGGCUCUGACGUGGGCUCAGGCCUACACCAGCUGCAGACAGCAGGGGGCCGAGCUGCUCAGCAUCACCGACCCUCACCAGCAGGCGUUCGUCUCAGCUCCAUUGGGAGCAGGGAAGCAUAAACUCUGGUUGGGGCUGGUCCUGGACUCAGAACAUGGUUGGCAUUGGUCCGAUAGGAAGCCCUUCCGCUAUCUGAGAUGGGGCCCAGGAAAUCCGGCUCCUGAUCCUGGCCACAACUGUGCAUUCCUUGACGCUGCUGGGGAGCAAACUUGGCAAAGCUCAACUUGCGGCAAGCGACAGGGCUACGUAUGCUACAAAGACGGAGCCCCACCGACUCCUCCCCAAAUCGAGCAGGGGUUUUGUGCAGCCCCGUGGAUCCCUUACAACGGUCACUGCUUUCACCUCCAGCGCGUCAUUCAAACGUGGGCUAAUGCUCAGAAAGAGUGCCGCAAAGAGGGCGGGGACUUAGUGAGCAUCCGCCACGUGGAGGACCAGAGCUUCGUCAUCUCGCAACUUGGAUUCGCAUCCACCGAUGAGCUUUGGAUCGGACUGAACGACAUAAAGACGGAGGGGCUGUUUGACUGGAGUGACCACUCCACCGUCAGCUUCACCAGCUGGGAGUACGGGAGGCCCUUCACCUCCACUGAUGAAGACGACUGCGUGCUCAUCAGGGGAGAGAACGGGAACUGGGCCGAUCGUUCGUGCAGCGAGAAACAUGGGUUCAUCUGCAUGAAGCAGAGCAGCACUGAAAGCACCGGGGUUGAAGUGCAUAUGGAUGUAGGCUGUAAAUCUGGGUGGAAAAGACACGGCUCCUACUGCUACUUUGUUGGAGCAGAGACAAAGACGUUCGAUGAAGCUAAAGAAGACUGCAAGAUCUCAGGCUCCUAUUUGGUUGAUGUUUCAAAUGGGGUGGACAACGCCUUCCUUGCCAGCAUGGUGGGUUUAAGAUCAGAAAAGUACUUCUGGUUGGGCCUCUCAAAUCAGAAAAACCUUGAUCAGUUUGUGUGGACCAACACGGAUUCAGUGAAGUUUACCCACUGGAACGUAGCCAUGCCAGGCUACCGACAGGGAUGCGCUGCCAUGACAACUGGCGUUUUGGCUGGACUCUGGGAUCUGCUGCCCUGCAGCAACAAGGAGAAAUACAUCUGCAAACACCUGGCAGAGGGUUCAGUUGUAACCAUCCCGCCACCGACUCAAAGCCAGCCCCAAUGCGAGGAGGACUGGGUUCGAAUGGGAACAAGAAGAGUCUGCGCUAAGCUUUUCACAGGGCCUCGGUCCUCUGAGAAGACCUGGUUCGAGGCCAGGGAUUACUGCAGGGCCAUCGGAGGAGACCUGCUCAGCAUUCACAGCAUUUCAGAGCUGCAUGUGGGCAGUAGAUUUGCCAAAGCCUGGAUAGGACUUCAUAUUCCUGACGCGGGCACUGGCUACGCAUGGAGUGAUGGAACCCCGGUAAACUACCAGCACUGGCAGGAGGGAGAGCCAAACAAUCAUAAUAAUGAUGAAAAUUGUGUUGAAUUCAGAACGUAUUACGUGAAUGAUCACGGGUCUUGGAACGAUGUAAACUGUGACAGUUACAAUGACUGGAUCUGUCAAAUCCUUGCAGGAGUGACUCCAAAAAUACCUCCAAAUAAUACUGUGGAAUAUAACACCACUUCGGAUGGUUGGCUUGUGUGGAGAGGGAGUCAGUACUUCAUUAACGAGAACCCCAUGCCCAUGGAGGAUGCUCGUCACUUCUGUCAGCGGAGGCACGGCGACUUGGUGUCCAUCAACAGUAAAGACGAAUAUACCUUCCUAUGGAAACAAAUUUCAAGAUCCUACGGGCUAUAUUACAUAGGCUUGUCAGUGGAUCUCGAUGGGUCACUUUGGUGGAUGGAUGGUUCUACAGUGGGGUUACAAAAAUGGGAUGUGGAUCAACCCAGCUCUAAUGCCUUUGAUGAGAACUGCGUUACUAUGAUCUACUUCACUGGCUUGUGGCGUAAUUGUAAUUGCGGCAAAGAGCACAGGUUCAUUUGUAAACGAGGAAUCUCAGCACCCGUCAACACCACGGCGGCCCCAACGGUUCCGCCCAAAGGGGGCUGCCCACUCAAGUGGACUAAGUUUGACUCAAAGUGUUACAGUAUCAUCAUUAACCGCCGGGUCUUCUGGGAAGAAGCGAGAUCACAGUGCAGCAGCAUGGGCGGAUCCUUUGUCUCAAUUCCCACACGGCGUGUGCAAACAUUUCUGACCACAAAAAUGUCUGAAAUGGCAACCUCGGAUCUGUGGAUUGGUUUGAGUGCUUUGAAACAAGAUGGAUUUUACUGGAGUGAUGGGAAAUCAAGGAAAUACGCCAACUGGAAUUAUUCUAAAUUUCGACGUCCUAAUGGAGACUUUUACAAAAGAUGGAAUGAGGAAGAAUGUGUUAUACUGAACAGCAACCCUUCCAUUGGCGUCGGUAAAUGGUCAAUUAGGUCCUGCAAUGAGACAAAUGGAUUCAUCUGCAUUCGAGAUGUUGACCCAAACCUCCAGCCUCAACCAGAGCCAGCAGUCAGUGACCUCUACGUACCGCUGGGAAACGACAGUAUCAAGUUUGUGAAUAAAAAUCUGACGUGGGAUGAUGCCAGGAAACACUGUCAGGGUGAUAAGACCGACCUGGCUAGCCUGACAAACGAUUGGACGCGAGCCUACGUGGAGCUGCUGGCCAUGAAGCUCAAGGCUCCUCUUUGGAUCGGACUGAACAAACAGACAAGCGGUUAUUUUAGGUAUGUUGAUAGCUUUCACCUGGGCUCUGUCAACUGGGCCGAGGGUGAACCAAGCCGAGACCGACCUUGUGUGUACGUGGACGAGGAGGGAAUGUGGAGGACGGCUCUCUGCAACCGGACCAUGAACAGUGUUUGCAAGCAGUCGACAGACGUGCCGCCACCAGAGUCAACAACCUUUCCGGGGAUCUGUCCUGCAGAGAUGUACGAGGAGUACAUCCAGGAUAACAACUGGGUGCCGUUUCGGGGUCACUGCUAUUUGUUUGUCGCCGAUGAGAUUGAAUGGGCGGAUGCAGCGAGCAGCUGUGUCAGGCAUGGUGGAUCCCUGGCCAGCAUUGAAGAUCCUGCUGAGCAAGAAUUCAUCCAAAAGAGCGUGGACGUAUUUCAGGAUAGCAUCAGCUCUUUCUGGGUUGGCCUGUUCAAAACUCAUCAAGGGGAUUGGAAGUGGUUGGACAAAACCGUCAUGGAAUACAUUAACUGGGGUGAAGACGAGCCGGAAAAAGAUUUUGGACAUAUUGGAACCUCAAAUGGGUUCUGGGGGACAGGAAGCAGAUGGCACGACAAAGCCUAUAUCUGUAAAGCAGCCAAAGUUAUUCCCGUGGAUCAAGGAUCAGGAAACUCUGAAGCGCACGGAGGUCAGAAUCCCCGCCCACGCGUCCACACCAGUUUGAUUGUUGUGCUCGUCAUCACCCUCGUUUCCACGCUGGCGGUUGUCGCAUUCUUCAUCUACAAGAAGGCUCCUCGUACUUUGCCCACCUUCGACAACCCGCUCUACUUCGACAGAGAGCGAUCCCAACCCGAUGUGGUCGAUACCAAUAAACUGAUAGAGAACGCAGAAGAAGAAAACCCCGAGCCUAUCAUAUCGCUGUGAUUCACCAUCUAUCGGGACACUGUACCGGUGCCCAAAACUGAUGUAUCACACGGGGAUGCUUCGUUAGUGUUUUAGCUUUGUGUUGUUUUUUACUACAGUACAUAGAAAAUAUAUACUCAGUUAUUUAACAAUAUGUCACACUCAAGUGUGAGUUUCAAUGGAGUUGGCGAUGUCUUACCUCAUAGAAGAGAACAACUUAGGAUGUGCCCGUAGGAAUGAAUGGUAUUUGAUUUUGUCUUUAUAUCUGACGGAAUGUAUAGAAUUGAUAAUUGUUACAUGUUAUGCUUAUGCUCACAAGAUGCUGUUGAUCGUCUUAGAAAAUAAACCCACCGCCUGUCAUUGGUAAAUGAACAUUAAACUUGGCACUAAAGGAUAUUUAAAAUUGAUUUGUAUGUUAAGAAAUUAACUAACACGAGGGAUCAAUUCACCAUAUUGGGGAUCCCCACUAUAACAUAUUAGCACAAUACCUAAAUAUAGUAUUGCAAUUUUAGAAUUUGGCAAAAUGCAGAGUAUUGUGUUAUCAAACAUUGUGAAAGAUUGCAUUUCUUU